ACAGAGUUCCAUCUAAAGCUGUCGAGAGCACACCAUACGAACUAUGGCGUGGGAGAAAACCGAGUUUCUCGUACUUUAAGAUUUGGGGCUGUGAAGCUUAUGUAAAACGUCUCAUGACGUCUAGUAAGUUGGAGCCUAAAUCUGAUAAAGUAAUUUUUGUGGGAUACCCCAAGGAAACUAGAGGGUAUGAGUUCUAUCAUCCAUCCGAUAACAAAAUUUUCGUUGCUCGGAAUGGAACCUUCCUUGAGAAGGAGUUUCUUUCUGCUAUCACUAGUGGGAGAAAGGUAGACCUCGAAGAAAUUCGAGAACCACAAGAAGAAGUCCCGAUAGUGUUGGAACAUGAGCAAAGAGAUCAAGCAAUUGAACCUCAAAUUGCUCAAGAUAUACCACGUAGGUCAGACCGGAUACGUAAUCCUCCGGUCAGAUAUGGAUUUCUCAUGUCUGAUGAAGGUGACGUCUUGUUGGUAGAUCAAGGCGAACCAGAGACCUACCUCGAGGCAAUUACAUGCCCCGAAUCCGAUCUAUGGCUCGAAGCCAUGAAAUCUGAAAUGGAGUCUAUGUACACAAGCCAAACGUGGUUGAGCGAGAACUUCUCCAAGAAAGACUUAGGGGAUGCUAGUUAUGUCCUUGGCAUAAGAAUCUACCGAGAUAGAUCAAGAAAGUUAAUAGGUCUGAAUCAAAGUACAUAUAUAGAUAAAAUCCUUGAUCGAUUUAGCAUGUCUAACUCAAAGAAAGGAUCUUUACCUAUGACACCUGGCAUGGUUCUUUCCAAGAGCCAGAGUCCUUCUACUCCCGAGCAGAAGGAACUCAUGAUGAAGGGAAGUCCAGGAGAAGCACACUGGACAGCGGCCAAGAACAUCCUCAAGUAUCUUCGCAAUACUAAGGAUGCAUUCCUGGUAUACGGUGGUGAGGAAGAGCUAAAGGUGGUCGGUUACACUGAUGCUAGCUUCCAAACCGACAGAGACGAUUCAAAAUCACAAGUAGGAUAUUUGUUUUGCCUGAAUGGCAGAGCUUUUAGCUGGAAGAGCUUCAAGGAGGAUACAACCGCCGAUUCGACUACAGAGGCUGAGUACAUAGCUGCUGCCGAGGCAGCUAAAGAAGCUGUUUGGAUCAAGAAGUUCAUUACUGAACUUGGAGUGGUUCCUAGUAUUAAUGACCCUAUCUCGUUGUUUUGCGACAACACUGGGGCCAUUGCACAAGCAAAGGAACCGCGAUCUCACCAGAAAACCAAACAUAUUGUACGACGCUAUCACAUCAUACGAGAAAUCGUAGACAAAGGAGAUGUGAUGAUUUGCAAAGUAGAUACUGACGACAAUAUAGCCGAUCCCUUGACCAAGCCUUUAGGAAAGCUAAAGCAUGAGGGUCACACUAGAGUCAUUGAUGAUGCAAACUCUGGCCGGAUGGGGAUUGAGUCAUGGGAUGGACUCAAGAAGGAAUUGAAGGCACAAUUCUUGCCCCACAACGUGUCGUGGAUGGCACGUGAGAAUCUGAAGAAGUUGAAGCAGACCGGAUCCUUGCGGGAAUACGUUAAAGAGUUUUCUUCGCUCAUGUUAGAUAUUCAGAAUAUGAGUGAGGAGGACGAACUCUUUAAUUUCAUGUCCGGAUUACAAAAUUGGGCACAGGCCGAACUGAGAAGGUUAGCAGUGAAGGACUUGCCUACUGCCAUGGCCGAGGCAGAAAGCUUGGUGGACUUCAAGACAAUGGCGCCCCAAGGAAAGAAAGGGGACCAUCCUAAGAAGGAGGGGAAGGCUAAGUUUGAGGGGAAAACCAAGUUUAAGAAGAAGGGUGGCGAUGGCAAAGCACCUGCGGAAGGCGGGAAUAAGGAAAAAGCACAAGCCGGUGGGUGUUGGACGUGUGGUGGUGAUCACUUCCAACGCAACUGUCCCAAAGGUCCGAAGAUCAAUGCCAUGGUCGAGGAGGCGACUGGGGUAAGUAAUCCUGUUCCGGCUCGGUGUAGUCCUUUGCAGUUGCUGUCUGCCAUGAACGAAUCUGCCCAGAAUUUUUUGAAUCGUGGAUUGAUGUAUGUGUUGGUUGUGGUCAAUGGCAUGGAGUUGUUGGCAAUGAUUGACACGGGUGCUAGUCACAAUUUUGUGACUGAACGGUUGAUUGGACGGCUUCAACUUAAAUUGGAAGGGAAUUCAUCCAUGAUCAAGACCGUGAAUGCCGCAGCGAAGGAGGUCACUGGGCGGGCAUACGUCAAGAUCAAAGUUGGGGAAUGGCAAGGAGAAUGCAGUCUCACGGUGUUGCCCCUUGAUGACUUUGAUUUGAUCUUGGGGAAUGAAUUCCUAAUUAUGGCUAAGGUAGCCGUAUUCCCUUACCUUGGAGGGAUGAUGAUAAAUGAUGAGUGUUCGCCUUCAUUUGUGAAGGGACGCUAUGCUGAUCAGAAACAGGAACACAAAGGUUUGGCCUCAUGCUCAGCAAUGCAACUCAAGAGGGGAGUGCGUUUGGGCUACCAAACCUACCUUGCUGUUAUGAUGGAAAUAAAGGAAGGUGUCUUUCAAGAUGUUCCAGACAAAGUGGCGGAACUACUUGAAGAAUUCAGUGAUGUGAUGCCACCAGAAUUGUCGAAGAAGUUGCCUCCAAAGCGGGCAGUGGAUCACCGGAUUGAGUUAGAACCGGGUUCGAUCCUUGCUGUAGCAGCGAAAACUUGCCGUGAAAGCCUUUUCAAUGUGGUGGGCUCCGCCUUUGUUUGCAAUGGUUUCCUUUGUUCUGUACCCUUUCGGUGGCAUCCUUACGUUCUAACUGCUGAGUUCUGUCGUGUGCCUUCCCGUUUGGGAACCAAAGGGUUGGCAUUCGAUUGACGCCAUGGCACUGCUUGUGGUACACUAUCUCUUGGCUUUUUCCUGGAAAGUUUUUGCCCAUUGGUUGUUGUUGAGUGCUCGGGUUUGGUACACUGAUGGGCACUGGUUAAGAAUUUUCUGUUAGCCUAAUUUUGCCCGUUAAGUAUUUUUUCCCAGGGU